AUGGCAACUCAACAACUUGAGUCCAAAUGGGAAGGCAAAUUCAUUGCAAAUCUAAAACAUCCCAAAGCUGAACAAGUAUGGCCACUCCUUGAAGAUUUCUGCAACUUCCACCAUUGGCUACCAAACAUUGACGCAUGUCACCAAAUGAAUAGUGAUAAUAAAGAUGAAAUUAUCCGCUAUUGCGCUAGCAGUACCAAGCCCCCAUCGUCAUCAGACGAUGGAGAAGCGAUCGUCAAGUGGUGUCACGAGAAGUUGUUGACAGUUGAUAAGAUAGAGCGAUGUCUAAGCUAUGAGGUCUUAGACAAUAAUAUUGGAAUCAAGUCUUAUGUAUCUACGUUGAAAGUAUUGUCAUCGGAUGGUAAUGAUGAGAGCAGGUGCCAGAUUGAAUGGUUGUUCGUUGCUGAUCCAAUUGAUGGGUUGACUUUGGAAUUAUUUUCGGGUUAUGUUGACUCAUCCCACAAGGCAUGGCUGAAAAUAUUGAGAAAGCUUUAG